AUGAGAAAGGGGAUCCAGCCCGCCCUGGAGCAGUACCUGGUGACCGCCGGGGGUGGGGAGGGGGCGGCUGUCGUCGCCGCCGCCGCUGCAGCCUCCAUGGACAAAAGGGCACUGCUAGCCAGCCCCGGCUUCCCCGCCGCCGCCACCGCCGCUGCUGCCGCCGCCCCGAGCGCGUACAUCCAGAUCCUCACCACGAACACUUCCACCACCUCCUGUUCCUCCUCCCUCCAAAGCGGCGCCGUCGCCGCCGGCCCCCUCCUCCCCAGUGCCCCCGGCGUGGAGCAGACCGCCGGCAGCCUCCUCUACACCACGCCGCACGGACCCUCCAGCAGAGCCGGGCUGCUGCAGCAGCCACCAGCGCUGGGACGCGGCGGCGGCGGCGGCGGCGGCGGCCCUCCGGCAAAGCGCAGGCUGGAGCUAGGAGAAAGCGGUCAGCAGUACCUCUCAGAUGGUUUAAAAACCCCCAAGGGCAAAGGAAGAGCUGCGCUCCGAAGUCCAGAUAGUCCAAAAACUCCAAAAUCUCCCUCAGAAAAAACACGGUAUGAUACAUCACUUGGUCUGCUCACCAAGAAGUUCAUUCAGCUACUGAGCCAAUCACCUGAUGGGGUCUUGGAUUUGAACAAGGCAGCAGAGGUGCUGAAGGUACAAAAGAGAAGGAUUUAUGACAUCACCAAUGUGCUGGAAGGCAUCCACCUCAUUAAGAAGAAGUCUAAAAACAACGUGCAGUGGAUGGGCUGCAGUCUGUCUGAGGACGGGGGCAUGCUGGCCCAGUGUCAAGGCCUGUCUAAAGAAGUGACCGAGCUCAGUCAGGAAGAGAAGAAAUUAGAUGAACUGAUCCAAAGCUGCACCCUGGACCUCAAACUGUUAACCGAGGAUUCAGAGAAUCAAAGGUUAGCUUAUGUUACAUAUCAAGAUAUUCGAAAAAUUAGUGGCCUUAAAGACCAAACUGUUAUAGUUGUGAAAGCCCCUCCAGAAACAAGACUUGAAGUGCCUGACCCAAUAGAGAGCCUACAAAUACAUUUGGCAAGUACCCAAGGACCCAUUGAGGUUUAUUUGUGUCCAGAAGAGACUGAAACACACAGUCCAAUGAAAACAAACAACCAAGACCACAAUGGGAAUAUCUCUAAACCCACUUCCAAAGACUUGGCUUCAACCAACUCAGGACAUAGUGAUUGCUCGAUUUCCAUGGCAGACCUUUCUCCCUUGGCCUCCCCAGCCAACCUUUUACAGCAGACCGAGGACCAAAUUCCUUCCAACCUAGAAGGACCAUUUGUGAACUUACUGCCCCCCCUGCUCCAAGAAGACUAUCUCCUAAGCCUUGGGGAGGAGGAAGGCAUCAGCGAUCUCUUUGAUGCUUACGAUUUGGAAAAGCUCCCACUGGUGGAAGACUUUAUGUGUAGCUGAUUAUGCUUUGUGUGGACUUCCCUUAUAAACCAAUAUUUUUUUAUUAUGAAACCGAACAUCUGUCAUGCAGUGUUGUCCCUUCCUACCUUCUUCCUCCAAGAUAGUAUCAUGAAGUAAACUACAAACUUCAGAACAAAGCUGACAUUUUAAUGAAUUUAAAAAAAAAAAAAAAAAUUGUCUAAACGCACAGUUGCAGGCUCCCUUGGGAAAGCCCUGCCUUGCCCCAGGCUCCAAAAUCUCCUGGAUGAGUCAGCAAGUGAGAAAAUGUGCAAUCAGGUGUCUCUCACCCGUCCUUUUCCUCCCUCCCUCCUGGAUUGGCUUGCUGUGCCUGACGGAUGGGCUGUAGACUGGGGUCUGGCCACCUGGCCCACUCGAAAACAGCAAUCUUCCUUAAUAGCAUUUCAAGCCGUGCCUUCUUCGCAGAAUGCAUGUCUUUGGGGUCUGCUAAUUUGGAAUGGAACUGCAGGAACUGUAAACUUGAAGUCAUGCAAAAGUAUGAAAUGGAUUUCUUCAGCUCUUCUUAGGAAUAUUUAAAUUACUGUCAUAAUUCAGUUUAAGCUAUGGACCGCGUGUCCCACUAGGAGGUCAAGAGAUCCUCCACAGCCUUUCGGAUGAAGAAACUGUUUUCAAGUGUUUGUCGCAGAUAUAGAAGAAGAGUUGAGUUCUGCCCCUCUGAGCUGUUGUGGAUUUUUCCUGUCUCCAUAAACCACUUCCACUCCCCUGCCCCCAAUGUAUUUGUAAGUUUGAAGUUGAUUUGUAGCAAAUGCCUACUUUGGAGUUCUUUGUGGAUUAUUUUAGAUUUUUUUUUUUUAAGCUGCCAUUUAAGCAUUCCUGUGGCACCCAUCACCAUUUCAAUUUAAUUGUUUACUUUGAAGCAGUUUUUGCUAAUUCAAAUU